AUGAAAGUAAUAUUUGCAAUUUUAAUCGCAAAUUGUUUAGGUGGAGAAAUUGUUUACUCCAAUAAAGAACGUGGAUGGGAAUUAAAUGACUCAGCAAUAAUUGAUUAUUAUGAUUAUGAAAUUGACGGAAGAUAUUGGCUUGGAGGGGAAGUGCAACGUUAUGAUACUCUUAAAUUUAAUGGAUAUGCUAAUACAGUAGAGUUAGAUCAAUUAUGUUGGACUGCACAAUGGACAUCAGAAGACAUAAGUUUGAAAUUAAAAGUGAGAAUGCUUCCAUAUGAAUUUAGGGAUGAUGAAAUACCUAAUACAGGACUUGUUGUUAGUGGAGUAAGUAAUAAUACCGAGACAUGUGUUAAUAUUAGAAAUAGAGUUUUUGAUGAAGAAUGUGGUUCAAUUGUUAAAUAUGUUUCUAUUCAAAUAUAUCAAAUAUCAACAAAUAAGAAAACAUAUAUUUAUUUCAAUGAUAUUAAAUUUAUUAGAAAAAGAAUAGAAAUAGAUUCUAAUUCAAGUAGUUCAAAUGAAGAUUUUAGUAGUGAAGAGAUUGAUGGAAGUAUUUGCAUCUAUAUUUGUGCAUUUAGUUUAAUAAUGUUUAUUUUAAUAUAA